UUGUGCUCAAGAAAGGGGCAUUGUGCAUGUCCAUGCACUAAAAAUUAAAAGAAGGGCUUGCUCAGACACGAGUGAGAGUCCAGAGUCGGUUAAUUCUAAUACAAAUUAUAACUAAAUAUCUCACCCCAUUUGAACCUGACUGCAAUGCUCUUGGAGCCAAGCAAGAGAGAGAGAGAGAGAGCCAUGCAUUAUUUUGUGAUGUCAUGUCAAACCGUUUUGUGAUAAUAAUCAUGCAUCAAUUGUGGUUAAAUGGGAGCCAUUUCCAUGCUUUUCUUGCCUCUUCACUUUGUUUAAACUUUAAAUGAAGCUCUCUGCAAUUGCAUCACCAUUACAUCAACCAAUACUUCACCCCCUCCAGCCUCCUUCGACCCCAUCUCUGGCAAUGGUGAGACCUCCUUGUUGUGACAAAUUGAACGUCAAGAGGGGCCUCUGGACAGCCGAGGAAGAUGCAAAGAUACUGGCAUAUGUAUCCAAACAUGGAAUUGGUAACUGGACACUGGUCCCCAAGAAAGCAGGACUCAAUAGAUGUGGAAAGAGUUGUAGGCUAAGGUGGACUAACUACCUGAGGCCUGACCUCAAGCAUGACAGCUUCACACCCCAAGAAGAAGACCUUAUUGUUAACCUACACAAAGCUAUAGGUAGCCGGUGGUCUUUGAUUGCAAAGGAAUUGCCUGGAAGAACAGACAAUGAUGUGAAAAACUACUGGAAUACUAAGCUGAGGAAGAAGCUCACGAAGAUGGGCAUUGAUCCUGUAACCCAUAAGCCCUUUUCCCAAAUCCUUACUGACUAUGGCAACAUCAGUGGUCUCCCCAACACCGCAACACGAAUGGGGUCCUUCAGUAGGGGCCUGAACAACGCAUCAGUAUCAGUGUCAGGACUUUCAUACACCAACAUGAAUGACCUUAAGCCAUUGGUAGAGCAAUUCCAGGUUCUCAACCAAGAAACUGUCCAACCACAUUUCUUCAGUGAAGUCCCCUCGUCUUCAUCCUCAUCUUCUUCUUGUUCUAACGUCACCCAACUGAGCUCACCCCAAUCCUUCCCUUGCCAACCAUCUCAGGCUCAGUUUACACCAUCUUCUCCCUUCAGCUGGAAUGACUUUCUUCUCGGAGACCCUUUUCUUCCCACUGAUUUGCAGCAACAAGAAGAGUGUGAUCCCCGGGGGACCUUCUCAUCAACUAGCCCUUCACUUGUAACACAAAAUGAGUUCCCCUACUGCAAGUUUAAUGGACUUGGAUACAAGGAUUCCAACGCAUUUCAGUAUGGUGCAACUACUGGAGAUGACAUGGGAAACUCCCACAAAGCUUCUUCAUCUCCUGCAAGUUCAUUUGUUGAAUCCAUCUUGGACCGAGACAGCGAGAUGCGUGCCAAAUUGCCCGAACUUUUGGGUGAAUCCUUUGAUUACUUGAGUAUCUAAAUUGCAAGUUUUCUAGCUCUUACACUGGGGAAAGUUCCAGGGUUGUUCAAUGUAGCUAACAAUUCAGCAUGAAAUGGAGAUAGUCUUUCGUCUUA